GCCGGCGGCGCCGUGCGAUCGCCCGCCGAUCUGCUGGCGGAGGGCGCGGGGGCGGCGGAGGCUUCCGAGGAGGCGCCCUGGGGCGGCGCGGACGAGGCCUCCGAAGAGACGCUCUGGGGCGGCGCGGCAGGCCAGGAGGAGGGCGCGCCCCCGUCGGGCCCGCCCGCGGCGGGCCCGCGCGAGCCGCGGCCGCAGAGGCGGGGCCCGGGCUCUGAGCAGCGCCUCCUCGCGGGGCCGCCGGAGGCGCUGGGCGCGGCGCUGGCGGCAGCGAGGCCCUCCAGGACCGCGCCGCGCGAGCCGGGCUGCUACGUCCGCUCGCCGGCGGGCUGCCCGGGCAGCCCGCAGUUCGCGCUCGCGGGCUGGACCCGCGACUACUUCGGAGAGGAGCACCGGGCGGCGGGGAGCAGCCGCGCGGCGUGCGAGGUCGAGCGGAGGGCACACUUCGCGGGCCUCUGCGGGGUUCCCGAGGUGGAGGCGCGGCUGGUCCCCGAGGCGGAGGGCGCGUCCUGA